CCUUCUAACUAGGAAUAGAAGAAAUAUCCCAGAAUCAGAGUGCAUGUGCCCACCCGGUCCGCCCGGGAAGCGAGGCAAGAGGGGCAAGCAGGGAGAGCCCGGCGAGCCAGGACCGCCGGGCGCAUCGGGGCCUCCAGGAAAACCCGGAUUUCCGGGUGCGAUAGGAAUCGAUGGCCCCAAGGGAGAUUCCGGUGAAAAAGGGGACAAAGGAGAAAAGGGUGACUCGGGAAUCGACCUUGUCUCAAAUGUGAAGGGAGUAAAGCGUUCAGUCAAGAUGCCCCACGGGGGCAUCGCUGACGCCACCGAUUUUAAGGAACUAGCAAACAUCGGAGUGACAUUCUCUCCAGGCGAUGUGUUUAUGAUGAAGGGAUCGCAAGGAGAGCCUGGUCCUCCAGGCCCCCCUGGACCCCCUGGACCACCGGGAUUGCCAGGAUUUGACGGCGGCACAGGACCCCCUGGACCCGUGGGUCCUCAGGGUGAAGUUGGUCCCAGCGGCCCACCGGGCCUCGUGGGGCCUGUUGGAAAGGACGGACUCCCAGGACCUAAGGGCGAGAAAGGCGACAAAGGCGAACGCGGCCUUACGACGACGCUGGACGGAAAUACGUUCCCGACGGGAUUCAUCGAAGGCCCCGCUGGACCGCCCGGACCGCCGGGUCCCGCCGGACCACCAGGAAGGAAGGGCGACGUCGGCAUCCCGGGACCACCGGGGGAGGACGGCGCCAAGGGCGACAAGGGAGAGCGGGGCCGCAGGGGAAAGAAGGGCAACACUGGAAGGGACGGCAGGUCUAUCCGAGGCCUCCCUGGACAGAAAGGCGAGCCUGGAGCGAAGGGCAUGAAAGGAGACUUUGGGCUGCCCGGACCCAGGGGCGAGAAGGGCAGCGUCGGCCACCCUGGAAGGCCAGGAGAAGACGGCGCACCGGGAAGGCCCGGACCGACGGGGCUACCUGGAUCCAAGGGUGAGAAAGGCAGCGCCGGAGAAGCCAGUCCACCUGGCCUGAUGGGAAUGCCAGGAUUACCCGGUCCCCCAGGAAAGCCCGGACCUCAGGGAGAGAAAGGAGACAAAGGCGAUGGCGCGCCGGUGCGGUACAUGAGACAGGCAAGUGGUCCUUACAAACUUUGCAUUGUUGCUGGCGUAUCGCUCGCCCAGAAGUCCAAGCGCAGACCCCCGGAGCAUCACCACCACCACUUCGCCUCCGACCACGGCGGCGGAACUCAGGGGGACAGCGCAUUCGAAACGUCCUACGACUUCGUCAUCGGGCCGCCGGGUCCACCAGGCCUACCGGGGCCGCCUGGAUUCCAGGGUCCUCCCGGCAUCAAAGGCGACAAAGGCAUCGACGGCCAGAAGGGCGAACAGGGCGAGAAGGGCGACCUGGGACUCAUGGGACCCAUGGGCCUGCCGGGUCCAAUGGGUCCGGUGGGGCCGGCUGGACUACCCGGAAAAGAAGGCCGGACGGGAAUCACGGGGCCACCGGGUCUGGAUGGAAUGAAGGGUGAACGAGGUGCGCCGGGUAACAAAGGCGAAAAAGGAGAGCCGGGCCUUCCCGGCACCGACGGCAUCCCAGGGCUACCGGGACCCAAGGGCGACCGGGGCGAGACGGGCAUAUUGGGACCCCGUGGGAAGCGUGGAAAGAAAGGAGACAAGGGCGAUAAAGGCGAUCAAGGAGUACCAGGACUGGAUGCACCAUGCCCGCUUGGACCAGACGGACUGCCACUGCCCGGAUGUGGCUGGAAGCCACCAAACACAAUAGGCGGUCCUAUGCCACCAGUACCACCGGAAGAACCACUAGACUCAUAAGAUAGCGUUCUACAGAAGCUUCUGGCGGCAUCCAUCAGGAGCAUUCUCGAUGUCAUCGCCCGACGUCGUUGCCUGGGAGUACGGCCGCCGGGACUGCGUCAUUGGGCCGCGGGACGUCGGUGGCAGCCGCCUGCAGCCUCGGAGAAGAAGAAGCGUGCAGCGAUCCGCAGACUCGCUCUCCCCACCCCCAGUCCCACACUGCUAUUUACGGGUUCUUUUUUGCUGCAAGUUUUGCUCUCAUCGCAGCCCCAGCGCCUACGGCGCGCACUCGUGCAUACGCACACACACAAGUACACACACAUACAAAAACGCCAUUCAGGCGCUAGUUGACGCGCUAUCUUCGACCGACCCCCGAUGACAGCGAGGCCGAGCGCGGAGGUGUGCCCUACACCGAUGACCUGCCCACCUCUCCACCUUGUUCUUUUUAUCUUGUUUUGUUUUUAUGUUCAGACGUUUUUUUAUAAAAUAUUCGCGAGAGGGAAGGAGAAAUGAUGGGCUGAAGGCUGGUGCCAAGAAGGUCUUGUAAAUUCGAAGUGGCAGCUUCCCGUGGACGCCCAGGAGUUCGCGGCUGCUUGUUCGUCUAGGCUGAUGGAAUCACUACAAAGCAAAGCAUUUCUUGACUCUCUGACGUCGCCUUUGGAAACUUUGUUUUAUUAUUAUCACUUCCGGACGUCAGCGCCGACGUUCUUCGAAGACGCUGUUCAUAAAGAUGCGGUGACCUGGAGCUGGUGCGCUACUAAAGAUGCGCACGUCAAAGUAAAGCAGUGACGUUAACAUGCAGAGACGUGUGCAAGAGUCCGCAGCAGUAUACACCGCGUCCUCCCGCAUUAUGCCACAGCAUAUGUCGAAGACGUGUUCGUCUUUUCCCCGACAAAUCAGAUGCAUCGAUAUUGGACAGACGCGGGAAGUUCCGCCCAAACCCAAGUUCAACGUGAAGGCACGCAUCAGAUUGAUGAUUGAUAUGUGGGAUUUAACGUCCCAAAACCACCAUAUGAUUAUGAGAGACGCCGUAGUGGAGGGCUCCGGAAAUUUCGACGACCUGGGGUUUUUUAACCAGCACCCAAAUCUGAGCACACGGGCCAACGACAUUUCCGCCUGCAUCGGAAAUGCAGCCGCCGCAGCCGGGAUUCGAACCCGCGACCUUCGGGUCAGCAGCCGAGUACCUUAGCCACUAGACCACCCCAGUGGGGCGCAAGUGAGAUGUAAAUGCAUGUAGUCGCAAGGCACGGCAAGGAUCUCCAACUUGCGCAAGCUGGAACUGCCCAUGAGGCACCGCUCAGCAAGACACCUGUCGCGCCUUUUUCUUGGCCAGCGAGCGUGGCGACGUCCCUCCGUUAUGCCCAUAUGCGGUACUGAUCAGCCCAUCAUUACGUAGUGAUGCACACUGGCUCUCCCUCCCUCUCUGAUGUCUAUCAUUGUAAAUGUCAUCACCUCACCGGCACCACGUGACUCGUCUGCUACCGCUGUAGAGUAGAAGCAAGGAGAGGUAGCUAAGAGUGUACAUUUAUUUCUCGCUAUCUUCUCCUUCCGCCCUCUUUCCUUUUUGCGUUUGUAACGAGUAUAAGUCGAGGUCCUGUCGUUAUCGCUGUUCUUUCACAACAGCGGCCUACUCAGUGUUUUUUUGUCAGUUGUACAAGUGACGUCUCCCAACGGCGAGCAGGUCUUUCAUUUAAAAAGUACAUGGCAGUAUAUCAAAAGCGUGCGUGGCUCUUUGCGCGAACAAAUGCUUUCUUUUAAAAUUUUCGGCCAGAAGAGGCGGGAGAACCACCAAGUUUCUUUGGAAACCGGGUUGGUCUCUCAGGUAUGCCGGCAGAUUAAUGUCGCAUUCUCUCAAGCGAAAAAAAGGAGAAAGAAAUAAAUAAAACAGAAGCGGAAUUAAAGAAAAGGAUUGAGGUAAAAGCGUGCAGUAGACCUUACCUGACCGAAGGCGGUCAUGUGCGAGUCACUUGCUCACAAUUGUGAGAAAAUACCCGAAAACUUUUUGGGCAGCCUUUUCGGUAAGCCACUGCAAAAAAGGCGAGGCUAGUAUCUUAAGUAAUUAAACACACAGGAACAGGCUCAAGUCGCAAAAAAUACAGGCCAUGAUAACCUUGGCGGACCCCACAAUUUAAAGGUCACGUUUGAGAUCCGCAAUAUGCUCAUUUUCACAGUUUGGAAGUAGAAAAGAGAGAGAGAGAAAAGAAGGCAACGACGACAAAGACUUGUGGAAGGAUCCGUGGCGUUGCUGCUGCUGCUGCAUCAUAACGGUACUUGCUCUUUAUUAUGUGUCCAUGCGCAGUCAAACGAAACAGUGAAGACACAGCGCGAACAUCUGAGCGGUGAAAGUCAGUCGUCAUGCGUCGUGGGCGUGUAUAGAAACGAGAAGGUGCGCAAUACUUACUUUUCUCUGCUCGCAGAAAGAAUGCGACGGCGGGCGUCCAGACGUUGUCACUAUGUAUCGACUUGAUGUUUGUAUGCGUCAAUGACGCGUAUACCAGCGACAAAGCGCCGAGAGGGACCGUGUUUACUCUCCCCACCUCCUUCCUCACGAAGUCACCCAAUCUGAGCGGCUGAAGCGGUGCCAUUCCGGUGAAUCUAUUUCAAAAAAGCCAUAUUUGCACUAAAGGAGGCGUUGUUUGCAACAAGCUAACGGGACUUCUGCAGUGGAGGUGACUUGCAAAUAGAGAAGGCGCAAGAACAGUCUUGCCGCUGGCAUUAAAGCGGUGACGUACUCGGCGUGGCCACAUCGGAAAGGUUCAGUUCGUGGUCAUACGACAAGUUUAUCUGACCGACUAGUGUCCUGGUGACAAAUCAACUUUAAGACGAAUUGGGUCUUCGACCAAUAUUCGCCGAUAUCUAACGAUGUGUGAGAGCUUUAGCAGCUCGUCAGGAAAUUUCUGUAUCGCUUCUCUCACCUAGAACACUCGUCUCCACGUUGCGGAAGAGAAAGGGCACUCGGGCUGCGCACGUGCUGCCCACCAGCUUGCCUGUUUUUUUUCAUAUUUCAUAUUUUUCAAUGCUUCAUUUGACCUCGCAUAGGUGGCUGACCCUCCAGAAGUUUCUAUUCAGACCUCUCAAGUGUGUCACAAUACUACCGAAAAACAGCGCCGCACGCGACAGGAACCGGCGUCAUACAGUUCUCUGGAGCAGAAGUGCCUUCUCACGCCGUGAUGGUGUAGGACAAAACUUCUAUCGGCGAGGCGCUCGUGUGCAGCUGCGAGGUACCGCGGUCCCCUCUCAAGGGCGCACUCCGUUCCAACUCAGUACCCCCGGUUGAGCUAUGAAAAGAGACUUCGAAAUGAAUCUCACAGAAACCCUGCUGCGUCAAAAGAAGCGAAAUUAAACGAAAGUUGAGGUGUGGCCCUAUAUUCUGAUGCGAGCUCUAACUGUAUGUGAAGGGACGCCAUGGAUCAACGACUAUCGAGAAAAGGUAAUCACUAACUGCCGAAGAAAGAAUCGUGUCUGGUUCUUGUUGAUGAAAAUUAAACUGUGAAAACAUUUUAUGCAAGUGUGCACAAAUUAUUUGAACGAAAAUAAGCGAAAAAAAAAAACACUUCAAACGACACUGUCACGGCGUCACAAUUGUCACGCAACGGGGAGAUUCCGGCUUAGGCUGUAAUUCUAUUCUAAACGCCUCUGUUAAUUGAGCAUUAAUUAUGCCACAAUUUCGCAUAAAUGACGCCUAAAAUUGCAUGGUAUUUUCAACAAUGCAGUAUACAUGUUUCACUCAUGCAAGUUGCGCAUUCGUUCCCACUGAAGCGAGAAUCGCGGAAGUGUAAGUUUGUUAGUACACAUGUGGUAUGCAUACACAAAACCAAGCACGGUGCAUUCGCGCUGUUUACUCCAGUGGCCGCGGGCGCCUUUCCUUGCUCAAGUCCGCGUAAGCACUUCUGCACGUUCGGAACGUGUGCGUUGGAACUUAGGAAAGUGGCAGCCGCAACUGCCGCCGCCAAACAAGAACUCACUGUAGCAUACAUCCAACGGUUGGUUCCUUCGCGUGCAGUGCAUUUGGAUGAGCACGAUGUGUUCGAUGUACUUUGGCACCACUCACGCCGUUUAGCAUCAGGUGACUCCGUAGUCUGUCCUUGUGCUGUUUGGUCCCACUCUCUCUCCUUUACUAGUGUUCACUAAGUGUGUUCGUGUAAACUCAGGAGGCAAAGUUGGAAGCUAAGUUAUUGUUUGACGUCGCAUUCGUAUUCAUAGUGUGAAAUAAAAUAAUUUUUACUCUUUA